ACCUUUUGAGCUAAUAUUUUAAAAGCACUUGCUUGGCUUGCAAACAAGGAGACCCUUCUUUGACACAACCUGAGUCUGACUAAAUGUCUUUGGCAAAGCUGGACUCGACAGGACAUGAGCUCUGUGCAUCAAAUCUGAGAGUCCAUGAUGGCAUUUUUAAUGUAAGAAUCUCUGUGUAACAUAGCAGCAGCAGGCAGGAACUCUCCUUCAUUCUUUUUUUUUUUCCCCUCUUCUGAUUCUCACAGGAGAGUGAAGACCUGGAUUGGAACUUACUGAAACCAGAUAUUUAUGCAACCAUAAUGGAUUUCUUUGCCUCUGGCUUACCUGUAGUUACUGAUGAGGCACCUAGGACAGACACAGCUGCUUCAGAAGAAGAUGAUGAAGUUGUACUGAUGAUUAAGGAACUGCUGGAUACAAGAAUCAGGCCCACAGUGCAAGAGGAUGGUGGGGAUGUUAUUUACAAAGGCUUUGAAGAUGGGAUCGUGCAGCUGAAGCUGCAGGGGUCGUGCACCAGCUGCCCCAGCUCCAUCAUCACCCUCAAGAACGGGAUACAGAACAUGCUGCAGUUCUACAUCCCUGAGGUGGAAGGUGUUGAACAGGUUGUUGACGAUGAUGAUGACGUGGAGAAAGAAGCAAAUUCUACUUGAGCUUCGUCAUCUGUGGCCAAAUAACAUUUACCUCCUGGUGUAUGUAAACCAUCUCUGUGCUGAGGAGCAAACAAAUCUGCCUUGUCAGAAAAACAGCUGUACUUACUGUGAGAAUGUACCAUCAGUUCAAGCAGUUCAGCCACUAAUUUAUUAAAUGCACUGCAUUACAAAAAAAUUAUUUUGCUCCACUUUAUGCUAUGUCUUUAGAAAGAAAUAGUGGGCUCAGAAAACUGUGAUGUGUUUAUGGAUUGUUUUUUCAUACAGAAACUUCACUACUGAAAAGAGAGAAGGCAGAAGUGCCUUGGCUUUUUUGUGAAACAGCAAAUUAAAUGUUUAUUCCCCCAACUUGUGGGACUGACAGGAGUCUCUGCCCUUACUCUGUAAAUGGGAGCACCAGGAAUGUUAAUUUUAUCAAGUCUUGUUAAAAAGCUGCUGAUUCCUAUCAGAUUUUUGUGUGUGAAAGAUAA